UGCCCUGCCCUGCAGCCCGGGCAAGAAGAGGCUGCCCAGAGUUCUUCCUGACCCCAGGACCCCUGCAGCACCAAAGACAAGGAGGUGCCUACCUGGGCUGUAGCAGAGGGUGUGUAUUGGGAAAGCAGUUGGAAAGGCUUGCUCAAUGGCCCCGAAGCGCAAGGCAGCUUCUGUCAGCACUGGAACACCCAAGAAGAAGGAGAAGCCAGAGGCAGAAGACGACUUCCACUCCACCAUAGAGGCCCUUAAAGCUGCACCCAAGGAGACACAGAAAGCUCGAGUGGAUUCCAUGUGCCCACUGAGCAGCAACCCUAUUGUGCAGGUAUAUGAGGACUAUGACUGUACCCUGAACCAGACCAACAUAGGAAGCAACAACAACAAAUUCUACCUCAUCCAGCUGUUGGAUGAGAAUGGUCGCUACGGAUGCUGGAACCGCUGGGGUCGUGUGGGAGAGAAGGGCCAGUCCAAGCUAAGCUUUUUCCCCUCCUUGGAUGAAGCUAAGCGGGACUUUGAGAAGAAGUUUUGGGAAAAAACCAAGAACCACUGGACCGAUCGAGACAACUUUGUGGCCCACUCGGGCAAGUACACACUCAUCGAAGUGCAGGCUGAUGAUGGUGAGAAGGGCCAGGAAGGCACGGUCAAGAUAGACCAUGUGGACGGGGUCCAGGCUGGUCAGUGGAAUGUCAAGCCGUGUACCCUAGAUCCAGCCACUCAGGAACUGGUGUCCCUCAUCUUCAGCCACGACAUGUUCAAUGAUGCCAUGAAGACCAUGAACCUUGAUGUUAAGAAGAUGCCCUUGGGGAAGCUGAGCAAGCAGCAGAUUGCCAAGGGCUUUGAGGCUUUGGAGGCCCUGGAGUCUGCCCUGCAGAAGAGCUCAGAGGCAAAACAGCUGGAGGAGCUGUCCUCCCGAUUCUAUACAAUCAUCCCCCAUAACUUUGGCAGGAAACGGCCCCCACCUAUCAACUCCCUGGAGGUCCUUCAGGCCAAGAAGGACAUGCUGUUGGUCCUGGCUGACAUUGAGCUGGCCCAGGCCCUGAAGGCUGGACAAGAGGAGGAAGAAAACAUAAAGGUGGGAGAAGUGCCUCACCCACUGGACCGUGAUUAUGAGCUCCUGAGAUGCCAGCUGCAGCCACUGGCAACUGAUACUCAUGAGUACAAGCUGAUUGAAACCUACCUGAAGAAGACAGGAUGGCCUCAUCUCCGCAUUCUCCAUGUCUGGAAAACAAAUCGAGAGGGGGAGGGAGAGCGAUUCCGGGACCAUGCCAAGCUAGAGAACCGGCGGUUGUUGUGGCAUGGAACCAACGUGGCAGUAGUGGCUGCUAUCCUCAAGAGUGGCCUCCGGAUCAUGCCCCAUUCGGGUGGGCGUGUGGGGCAGGGUAUCUAUUUUGCUUCUGAGAACAGCAAGUCAGCUUGUUAUGUGGGCUGUACUUCUCAAAAAAUUGGCCUCAUGUUUCUGAGUGAGGUGGCUCUGGGCCAGGAGUACCACAUCACCAAGGAUGACUGUAGCCUUCGGCAGCCACCACCAGGGUAUCACAGCAUCGUGGCUCGGGGCCACACGGAGCCUGAUCCCCGCCAGGAUGUGGUGCUCGAGCUGGAAGGGCAAAAGGUGAUGGUGCCCCAAGGCCCUCCCAUGCCCAUGCCUGACUUCCAAGAGUCCUCGUUCUUCCAGAGUGAAUACCUGAUCUACAAGGAGAGCCAGUGCCGGCUCCGCUACCUGCUGCAGCUGCACUUCUGAGCUGGCCAGGCCAUGGCCAGAGGCCCCUUCACCCUGGCCCCAGACUGGGCAUCCAGCCCAGGACCUGUGCAUUGCUUAUAAAUAAAACAGGAAGGAAUUGCA